CCGCUGCAGUCCUCCUCCUCCUCCUCCUCCUCCUCCUGCUCCUCAUCUCUGGUCAGGCGCCUCUGCUGCUCUUGGACAGGCUGCCUCUGGAUCCUCUGCAGGAAGUCGGACCUGUUUCCUUCCCCGCAGCGUCCCUCUGCGCUCUGACAGCCGCUCCAGCCGCUCCUCCUCCGCGUCUUCACCUGCGGCUCUCUCGCCUCUCGUCGGGCCGGGGGCCUGCGGGAGCCUGCAGAAGGCGGCCGGCUCCGCUGCGAACACCUCCACCUCCCCUCCGGAGAGCACAGGGAGAGCUCGGCAUGGAGGCCACGGCGGAGGAGAAGGAGCCGUCGCUGAUGGACGAGCCCCUGCCGACUCUGAGCCCGGCCGUGCCGCCCUUUGUGACUCUGGGCCUGACGGUGGUCUACACCGUCUUCUACUCGCUCCUCUUCCUCUUCAUCUACGUGCAGCUCUGGCUGGUCCUGCGCUACCGACACAAGCGCCUCAGCUACCAGACGGUGUUCCUGUUCCUGUGCCUGCUGUGGUCGGCCCUGCGCACCGUGCUCUUCUCCUUCUACUUCAGGAACUUUGUCACAGCAAACACCCUGGGGCCCUUUCCCUUCUGGCUGCUCUACUGCUUCCCCGUCUGCCUGCAGUUCUUCACCCUCAGCCUCAUGAACCUUUACUUCGCGCAGGUUGUUUUUAAGGCCAAGUCCAAAUAUGCGCCAGAGCUUCAGAGGUACAGGCUGCCCCUCUACCUCCUCUUCCUGCUCAUCAGCCUGGUGUUCCUAGUGGUGAACCUGGCGUGCGCCCUGCUGGUGAGGAUGUCCUCCGCCGAGGCUCACACCGUCGUCCUCGUCAGGGUCGCCAUCAACGACACGCUUUUCGUCCUGUGCGCCGUCUCGCUCUCCUUGUGUCUGUACAAGAUCGCCAAGAUGUCGCUGGCCAACAUUUACCUGGAGUCCAAGGGGACGUCGGUGUGCCAGGUGACCGUCAUAGGAGCCAUCGUCAUCCUCCUGUAUGCGUCCAGGGCGUGCUACAACCUGGUCGUCCUGGGUCUCUCGAACAAAAGCAUCAACUCGUUCGACUACGACUGGUACAACGUGUCGGACCAGGCAGAUCUACAGUCGACUCUGGGUGACACCGGCUACGUCGUCUUUGGGGUGAUUUUGUUCGUCUGGGAGCUGCUUCCCACGUCCCUCGUCGUGUACUUCUUCAGAGUCAGGAAGCCCAACUUGGACAGGAGCGGCUCGGGCCUCCCUGGUCACGUCUUCUCGUCCAGGGCGUACUUCUUCGACAACCCGAGGCGUUACGACAGCGACGAUGAUCUGGCGUGGAGCGUCAUGCCUCAGAACAUCCAAGCCAGUCUGGUUGCUGACAGCUACGAGUGGGGAAGCCAGACCAGCGGCAUCAGCGCCUACAUCGGCAGCGAGGACAGCUUCAACUACUCCCGUCCUCCAGAGGAGCUCUGCCAUUACUGAGGGGGAGCGCGCGAUGGCGUCCGGCCGCCCCGACGCUUUGCUCCUCAUCUGUACAUUUGUUUUUGCACAACCUGAUUCAUGAGCUGAUCUGUCUGGAGGAAACUUAACAGACUUCUCGUUGCCAGUAUAGAAACGCCCAGUAAUGGGACAUUACUUUUUGCACACUCCUUGUACAGAUUAUGGAUCUGUUCUUGAACUCUUUCAUUAUUUAGUUCAUGUUGAUUACAACAUAUUUCCUAACCUUUGUAAGAUGCACUGUAAUACUUUUUAAUGUACUGAAUGUGGUUUUUUUUUCAUACAGAUGUGUUUUUAAUGAAGAGAGGAUUCAUUUAACUCAUUAAAAGAGUUUAAAUACUGUA